AUGGGUUUUCUCGAAAAAACGAAACAAAUUCUCCUGAUUAUACUAAUCGGACAUUUAACAGCAACAAUUAGUACACCCAACACCAAAAUCGCAACAGUCCUCUGCAACUCCGGCGUCUUCACCGCCGGCGACCCUUUUUCCAUCAGCCUAAACUACAUCCUAUCAGAACUCCAAUCCCUUACACCUUCCCAUCCUCAAAAAGAUUUCCACAAUAUCUCACCUUAUCCAAACGCCUUCGCUUACGGCCACGCCGCCUGUACAAACAACCUCACAGCCUCCGACUGCACAAAUUGUCUCCGGGCAGCUAAUUCCGCCAUGUUCACCACUUGUGUCACCCGGAUCGGAGCUCGAGCUGUUCUUGUUGAUUGCACCAUGAGGUAUGAACAAUACCCAUUUGAUGAUUAG